CUUUCAAGCCAUCAUAAAUUACAUAUUUAUCUUACCAGAGUAUACACAGGAGAUGGGAAUAGCCUGAGGACACACAAGCAUGUACAAUGUACUUUAUUUACUUGCAAGUUUCUAAAUUUCUAACCACAGACAUUAUAAAUUAAAGUUUCUAAGCAAGCCUAGAGCUAGGUUCAACAAGUUAACUGCAAGAAAGCAAACAGUUUAUUACCAUUCAUAGAUUACAGAGAUAGUAAACUGUGUUGUGACGGUGGCUCAUAGCUGUUCUUUGUUGCUCCAGCUACCUGGAGAAAAUAAGAUUGUACAAUGCAAACUUGAAAAAGAGGAAUAGUCAGUGAAGAAGCAAUUAAUUAGGCAAAAGCAGGAAAACUACAAAGAACAGCCAGUGUUGUCUCUGACUCCUUCACCUGUCCUUUUCCUUUGAGAAGUGGAUUGAAGGAUGUUAUGUAAUUUAGGAGGGCAAAAACAGCUAUUGUGUUAACAGCUGCAAAGAAGAUUGGAACUUGCUUCUUUAAGUAUUUCUUUUUCUGAAUCUAUGUUGUUCCUUUGUGCUUUGCUAUUUUUUUUUUUUUUGCUGAAACUUCCAACUUUGUAAAAAGAUAUAAAUUCAGCCAAUACAGUGGAUGAUAUUUUGGGGGUCUAAUAGUCUGGAGAAGUGUGUAAGCAUGUUAUUGGGCCAAAAUAGUAGUUGCUCUUCGGCAUUGCUGUUGCGUACGAAAUUUGGCUCCCAUUUCUAAAGGUAGAUUCUUCUUGCAAGUUGUCUUUCUCUUUCCUGCAAGAAUCUUUCUCUCUUCCUUGCUACCCCGUUCUAUUUCCCUUCCAGAAAGAUUUGGACCCAUGGAGGAGUGAGGUGCCAUAGCUGAAAAUCACCCAAGUAGGGAUCUAUAACUGGGCUGCAAAAAUCUCAUAGCCCAAAGAAAUGCAGACAAUUUUGAUAAUCCUUGGGGUUUUAACAGUUCAAUUCAGCCUAAUCCUCCCAACUCUGGAAGCCAGCUGGAGAAAGUCAAUCCUGCAGUAUGUGAUAGGUGAGGAAGUUCUUCAGGGCUACAGUUACUAGAUGUCCUCCAGGGCCUGCGAGGGGGCAGCCGGGCCACCUCCGACAUCUGCGAUCCCCAGAAGCCAACGGACCACAGAAACUCUUUGACCCAGGGCCACUCUGGGGAAGGAGGGGGAGGGGAAGUGCUCGUCACGAUUUGCCCCGCCUUCUCCAGCGCCUGUCCCUAUAUUUCCCUCGGCCAGGAUCGCUGCUACGAGUGUGGCUUGGCCGGAGAAUCCUGAGGCCAAGAGGGAAAAGGAGCGAAGGGCUGGCUAGGGGACCCGGCAAACGGGAUAAAACCGCUCUUUUGCGCGCACGCCGCUCCUUUCUUUUCUCCUCGGGAAAGUCGCCCUCGCACCUCGGGACAGCGCCAUUAGCCAGAAAUCUGGGAAUCUCCUCUUUUCUUGGCUGCCAAGGACAACAACGUUCAGGGUCUCAGGAAAUUAAUCCAAGAUGGUUCUUGUGACAUUUAUCAAAGAGGAGCGAUUGGGGAGACGGCACUCCAUGUGGCCACCCUCUACGAUUGCACAGAAGCUGCUGACUUUCUUCUGGAAGUGGCUCCAGAACUCAUCAAUGAGAAAAUGACAUCAGCACUUUAUGAAGGACAAACAGCAUUCCACAUUGCAGCAGUUAAUCAAAAUGUACAUUUAGUGAAAUGUCUGCUGAAGAAGAGGGCUCACAUUUCUACGCCUCGAGCUACAGGACACUUCUUCAGGCGUAACUCCUCACAUCGUUCUUAUUUUGGGGAACAUAUUUUAUCUUUUGCUGCCUGUGUGGGCAAUGAGGAAAUUGUUCGUCUGUUAAUUGAAAAUGGAGCUGAUAUCAGGGCACAAGAUUCUCUAGGAAACACGGUUCUUCACAUUCUAGUUCUUCAGCCGAACAGAACAUUUGCGUGCCAGAUGUACAAUCUCAUCCUAUCCUAUGACAAACAAGAAGGGAACUUGGAACCACUCGACUUGAUUCCCAACAAUGAAGGUCUUACUCCAUUCAAACUGGCUGGAGUUGAGGGUAACACUGUGAUGUUCCAGCAUCUUAUGCAAAAGCGUAAACAAAUAAUGUGGUCUUUGGGGCCCAUUACCACCAUUCUCUAUGACCUUACAGAAAUUGAUUCCUGGGGUGAAAACCAAUCUUUUCUGGAACUUGUUGUAUCAACAAAGAAAAGAGAGGCUCGCCGUAUCCUAGACAUUACUCCUGUGAAGGAACUAGUCAACCUGAAGUGGAAAACAUAUGGGCGUCCUUAUUUCUGUUUCCUAGCUCUGUUUUAUGUCCUCUAUAUGAUUUGCUUCACCAUGUGCUGUGUUUAUAGACCACUGAAAAAUCGCCCAGAUAAUCAAACAGACGAGCGGGAUAACACCAUCUUUGUGCAGAAAACACUACAGGAAUCGUAUCUGACAUAUGAGGAUCAACUCAGGCUUGUGGGGGAGUUAAUUACAGUGAUAGGAGCCAUGGCAAUUUUACUCUUUGAGAUUCCAGAUAUUCUAAGAGUUGGAGCCAAAAAGUACUUUGGACAAACCAUCCUGGGAGGACCUUUUCACAUAAUAAUCAUUACAUACGCCUGUGUAAUCCUGAUAAUCAUGGUAAUGCGUCUGACCAGCACAGAAGGAGAAGUGGUCCCCAUGUCCUUUGCCCUGGUGUUGGGCUGGUGCAAUGUCAUGUACUUUGCACGAGGAUUUCAGAUGCUUGGGCCUUUCACCAUCAUGAUACAAAAGAUGAUAUUUGGUGACCUUAUACGUUUUUGUGGGCUAAUGGCUGUUGUCAUAUUUGGCUUUGCCUCAGCUUUCUACAUCAUCUUUCAGACAGAAAAUCCAAGCAAUCUGGGAGAAUUCUAUAAUUAUCCCAUGUCUGUCUUCAGUACGUUUGAGCUCUUCCUUACCAUCAUAGAUGGACCGGCCAACUAUGAUGUGGAUCUGCCCUUUGUGUUCUGUGUGGUGUAUGCUGCUUUUGCUAUUAUUGCUGCUUUGCUCAUGCUCAACCUGCUCAUUGCCAUGAUGGGUGACACUCACUGGCGAGUAGCCAAUGAACAGGAUGAGCUUUGGAGAGCACAGGUUGUUGCUACUACAGUCAUGCUUGAACGGAAACUCCCGCGAUGUCUUUGGCCUCGGUCUGGUAUUUGUGGCCAAGAAUAUGGGUUAGGAGACAGAUGGUUUCUCAGGGUGGAAGAGCGUCUGGAUGUCAGCAAGCACAAGAUGUUACGCUAUGCAGAGGCAUUUAAAAACCAAGACAAGGAGGAUUUUGUUAAGCUUUCUAGGAAACUAUACCAACCUGAGUGUUUCCGAUUCAAGAAAGAAACAUCACCAUCGGUCUCACGAAGCACCACUCUAAGUAGCUUCCACCGUGGUUGGCAAAUCCUGCGGAACAAUACCUUAAGCCACCUUCAUGGGGAAGCAAAUCAUGCUUUGGAAGAUGAGAUUUAUCAUGUCUGAUAUGCCUCUUGAGUGACUGGUCACAUUACUGGUGCUUUGUGCGCUUCACAAAUUCUUCUUCCAGUAGCUGGUGGGAUCUGGGGGCAGUGAUGUCAGGAUUCGGGAUGACUUCAGUCUUUCUAAGUUCCUCUUUUCCUUUGUUCUCUGAAGGACAAAACUCUGUAGAAAAUGUAGAUUAAAACAAGAUAAAAGAUAAACUCCACAAAUCAGCUAACUUCUAGUAUUCCAGCAACUCUUUAAGAGGUUGAGCAUCAGUUUAUUGCUUUUCCGUUGUUCCACCAAAAGGGUUGGAAAAAAGUUACUGUUUUUUGAUACAGGACUCCAGUGCACUUUACGUUAAAUAGGUGAGGUGGAAUUUUAUCCCAGGUAUAAUUCUUGUGGUCCAUACGAUAGGAUUUCUUUUCUUGGCUGAAUUGAAUUCUGCUAAUGUUUCCCUUGGGGAGAGGAAUAGGGAAAAGGUUUACAAACCUAACUGUAUAUAAUAUACAGCUGCCUCUGUUUAUUCUUGCUGGCUUGGAAUCAAGCCCGUUACUUCCCUUGGACCUGUUUGACUGCUAUUAUACAGCACCAGAAUUUUGCUUAGAGCAAAUCUAAAGAUAAAACCCUAAUGAACUAAAACCUAACUUUAAGUCUAACUUAGUAGGUGAACUUCCUAAAAGUACUGUGUUUCCCUAAGAAGGCAUCAAGAUUUGCUUAAAGUAGAAUGCCAAAGUAAUACUAAAAGUUUUUGCUCAGCUAAAAAAUAACUGCAGCUAAGUUGAGGGAAAUGUUUCAGAGGGCUUUUCACAGUCUCUACUUCCAAAGUGGUGGUUCGGAGAUGGCCUUUCCUACAGAUCCAGCUUGAAAAGAAGAUCUUUCCAAAUAUAAAGUGAAGCAAAGCAGGUGCUUCUUUAAUUUAUCUCUAGCUUUCUUAUCACUUCAAACUUUACUCCAGAAGGAAAAAGCCAAUAUUUCAUCACUUAAAGCUAAUUAAUGACUUACUGCCUUCCCAGCAGCUGAGUGGAAAGUUACUCCAAUUCCUUUCUAGCAGGAGCAAGAGGGAAAGUUGUAGCUGCUCGGAUUUGCCUUUCGAUUGUCCUCCUAUAUUGACCUGAACCAUGUAGCAUUAAAGACUGAUGCAGAUAGUUUUGGGGCAUUGGCAGUCUGAUUCCUUUUUGAUCUAUCAUUGCAUGAGUUUGGCCGUGGCCUUCAAGGAUGAGUUGGCUUGAUUCUCAUUCCAUAACAAAAAUGCAUUUUCUAUGCCCAGAUAUAUCUACUCACUCGGGAGUUUCCAGCUGUAUUUUAAGAUUUAUCCCAGUGAUGAUCUUGCCCUUGGUUGAGCAAAGAAAGUUAUGGGUGCAUUCUCAGAUAUGCCUUCGGGGCAAUAAAAGACCAAUUAAAUGUUGGGUCGGGUGGGUGCCACUUAAAUUGAUUUCAAAUCCAGAAGAUGCCACUCUGCCUCUGUUGAACCCCUUUGAACUCUGAACUGACAGACUUGGGGUAAGAGAAGGAUUUCUAAAGGAGAAAUGGGGAGGAACUUUUUUAUCCAAGGAUGAAGUUCAGAAGAUACCUCUUCAAGAUGAAGUUGGAGAUUUGUCAAAUCACUGUGAUGAACUGAACUAGUCUUUAUUAGUCAUGGUUAUAUGUAUUUCCUUGAUAGAUUUUUGCACUAUAUGUCUGAGACUACAAUUUGCACAUGUAUAAAACUGAUCUAUAAUGCUUUACGGAGUUUAAAAAAUAAUUUCAUUUCAUGUCUUAAUAUUCUGAUUUCAUAUUCUGUCAAAUAAAGUAUUUAUUAGUUAAAGAAA